UGACGUGGAGAUGAUUUUGCCGCAAGAUACGAAGGAUGGUGGCGCGAAGGGCGACAGUCAGUUCUUCACCAACACAGGCGAGGCUCUAGCAGAGGCCCCAGAAAAGAUGGAUGGAGUUGCCGACAGGAUGGAGGUCCAAGAGACACCUACCAAGGGGAACAAGGAUGGCAAGAAGCCUGAGCCGAAGGAUCAAGAGACACGGACAAGUGAACCUUCCGAGGAGAGCAACGAUGGCACGAAGCCAAAGCCGAAGGACCAAGAGACACAGAAAAGUGACGCUUCCACCAAGGACAACAAGGAUGACGCGAAGGCAGAACAGAAGGACCAAGAGAGACCGACAAGUGAACCUUCCGAGGAGAGCAAGAAUGGCACAAAGCCAGAGCAGAAGGACCAAGAGACACCAACAAGUGAACCUUCCAAGGAGAGCAAGGAUGGCACGAAGCCAGAGCAGAAGGAUCAAGAGAAAAAACGACACAUGAGGUACAUGCGGUUCUUCCGAUCCGUGCGAGAUGGAGCUGACACGCCAAAGGCGAUCAAGCGAAUGGGCAACAAAGCCGUCGGCCGCAAAGAUCUCAUGGACACCCUGUAUGAGGCCUGGACAGAAUGCGCUGGCAAAUGGACCAAAAGCAACCUGUAUUUGAACGCAGUGUCGAAGGACAAGUCCAAGCGUAGAGGCACUCGUAGGUGGAUGAUUUGGCCUGAGCUUGUCGAGCGCUACGGGGUGGCGGGAGCCACUGCCUUGGUGGAGCACAAACAAGAAGAUGCAGAGAGAGCUGCUCGGGAGAUUCGAGAGCAUCCCGAAGCUCCCGGGUGUAAGGAUCGAGCUGAACA